GCCCGGGAACAAGUCGCGCACGGAUAGCGUCGCUAUGGAAUCCAGGGCGGGUGUUUCCAAACAGGACAUUCGUGAGCAGAUCUGGGACUACAUGGAAUCACAAAAUUUAGCUGACUUUCCCCGACCUGUUCAUCACAGGAUUCCCAACUUCAAGGGCUCUUAUCUGGCUUGCCAAAACAUCAAAGACCUAGAAGUUUUUGCCAGAACGCAGGAAGUUAAAGUGGACCCCGAUAAACCUCUGGAAGGCGUUCGGCUGUUGGCGCUGCAGAGCAAAAAAACAUUGUUGGUUCCAACACCACGGCUGAGAACAGGGUUAUUUAAUAGGAUCACACCACCUCCUGGGGCAACUAAAGAUGUCCUGAGAAAAUGCGCCACCUCUCAGGGCGUGAAGAACUACAGUGUUCCCGUGGGCUUGGACUCCAGGGUCCUUGUGGACUUAGUUGUGGUGGGGUCUGUUGCCGUUUCUGAAAAAGGCUGGAGGAUCGGGAAGGGCGAAGGCUACGCUGAUCUUGAGUAUGCCAUGAUGGUGUCGAUGGGAGCAGUGGACCAAGGCACGCCAGUGGUCACCAUCGUCCACGACUGCCAGGUUGUCAACAUACCUGAAGCGCUCCUUGAGGAUCAUGACCUCACAGUGGACUAUAUUCUCACUCCAACAAGAGUCAUCACCACGGGGUGUACGCGCCCAAAGCCAACAGGAAUUAUGUGGUCUAAGAUCAGCAGUGCGAUGAUGGGGAGAAUCCCGAUACUCAGAAGCCUCUGCUCCCGAGAGAAGCAGGCCGGGAAAGAUGUCACCCUUCAGGAUGAGCACCCGCACUUCCUGGAAACCCGCAGCCCGCACACAGCUCCCCCAAGCGCUGUCAGAAGACCCUGCGAUCCACGCCAGCCGGAGGCAGGCUCCGUGCACAGGGACGAUGUGCCUUCCGACACUGUUUACGUUGGGAACCUCCCCGGGGACACCCGAGUGAGUGAGCUGAAGAGAGCCCUCAGAGAGCGGGGCGCGUGCCCGCUGCGGCUCACCUGGCAGGGGCCGCAGCGCGGGGCCUUCCUCCAUUACCAGGACUCGGCCGCGGCCCAGCGGGCUGUCGCCUGCCUGCAGGGCUUUCACCUGGGUGCCAACACCCUGAGGGUGGCGCUGGCCAGGCAGCAGAGGGGCCAUGACCUGACAGGUGGCCUUGCGGGAGAGCCACACCCUGCCCAUUCCCCGGCCAUCUGACUGUGACGCGUGGAACUUCAGAGGCCUGCAGAGUAGGGUGUGGCGGAGCUGUCGCUGCAUGAGCUGCCCUGACAACGGUCAGUCCUUUCUAGGAAGCCACGCCUUCCAUGCCUACCUGGUGGUCCCCUGUUGAGAUGGGGAAAUGAACCAGGAAUACACUUCCUAUGUUUAGGAGGCUGAAAACUCAGUGUAUUCAGUUCUGGUUUAUCAUGGUCCUUUAGCCUGUUGGAUGUCACAGCCAUGCUGGCUUCUCUGUAGAGACAGCAGCUGAGAGCGUUUAGGGGACCGAGUGAGCAAUAAACAUGGGG